AUGGAAAAAAGAGCACUUAUUCUCCCAAUUCUAGGCAUCUCUAGUAUGUUAAGAAUCCAUCAAGCAAUUGCUGAUUGGGAAAACUAUUAUCCCCCUGGAGCUCCAAUCUACAUUAACAAUGGUUCUAGCAGAAUUACAGAGUCUAAUGAUGUAUUUGUUGAUAAUUGUGUAUUCCAAAAUUUUAGCCCAAAUGGAGUAAUUCAAAUUGACGCAAGUAAUAAUCUUCUUGUCCUUAGUUGCUCAUUUUUGAAUUCAUACUCUCAAAACUCAAAUGGUGGCGGCUCUAUAUACAAGAUGGGUGGACAAAGCGUUCAGGCUCGAAUCUGUAGCUAUAAUACAUCAGAAUCAAUGAGUACAGGUUGGGGUGGUCAUUCUUAUACAAAAGCGAAUGGUGACAGUGUGAGUUUAAACUCUCUCUAUCAAUCUACAAUAGCAAUCUCUAAAGGACAUUAUAAUUGUGUUGCAAUGUCACAAGGAAAUCAACUAUUGACAUCUUCCAAUAUUUCGUUUGCAUAUAAUACAGGCAACGUCGCCUAUGCGCUUUGGGAGACAACAGGUGUUGGCGUAUUCAACUAUUCAACAAUAUAUAACAAUACAGUACUCAAAGAAUAUAUUGGUUUCCAUGGAUCUUCAUCCCAUAAAAUAAUAACUUGCAACUUCCUUGAUAACAAAGCUCCAAGUGGUAGUGCGGGAAUAGUUGGAAGUGCACCUCUUAACAUUUAUAACACUAUAUUUAAAAAUAAUACAGGUCAAUAUAUUUUCAAUUGCGGUUCUGGUUCUUCAGUAACAAAUUGUAGCUAUUUAUCAAACAAUGUAAUUGCUAUUUUAAACCCCUCGAGUUCAGCAAUAAUUGGUGAUAGUAUUAAUCUUUCAUUUCAUCUUAAUCAUCUAAGUACAUUUAACUGUCAAAAUGAAUAUUCUUUAGACUUUUCUAAUCCUGUUCUUGUCAACACCGGAGAAACAAAAAAAGUAGAAGAAACUGAAGAUUAUAAGUCUAAUAAUGACAUUAGUCCUGUUUAUAUUCUUAUGGCUAUUGGCUUUAAUUAG